AGUGAGUCGGAGCAGACGCUGCAGGACGGUAGGCUCCACUGGAUUAUAAACGUUUUCUAUGAAUCGUGACUGUUUGAUCGGAGAGUCUGGAAGCAGAGAAACCUUACGAAAUCGAUCCGCCUCUUUAUUUGUGAGUGAACCUGGGUUGUCACGGUAACAGAAUGGCUUCCUGCUGCCUCCUCUUGUUCUUUGUUUUUUUAAGUCUCAUCAGCUUGUCGGAGGAGGCGUGUUAUGAUCAUUUCUCCAAAGAUAAGUGGAACGGCAAAAACAUGACUGAUCUGAUUACCCUAAUAAACUCCACCAGCCCCGAGGAAAUCCUAAAGUGCACUAUAUGGAAAAACCAAAACCAAGAAUUAUUUGAACAUAUCAUUCAGUGCUUUGAAGGAGACAACCUGGAGAAAAUGUGUGACCAUACAACUGGAGGGAACCACAAAAUAUACAUGUUCCACUUCAGGUGUUUGUUUGCCAAACUACGCGGCAUAAAUUACGAAAAUAAACACGAAAAAGAAAUCUUUGAAGAUUGCCAGAACUUCAGUUCUGAGAUCAAAACUCUGGAAUGGCUGUGGAGCAAUUCAGAUGGAACAUCUGCAGGAGCCCCAUCAACAUCUCCACCAACCACGACCACAUUAACUCCGACCACUACAUCCACAAUAUGUACCCCAUCUACAUCAACGUCACGUAAAACAACUUCAUUGACAACAUCUUCAACAACCACGUCAACAUCAUCUAGCACAACUACAUCGACAACAUCCAGCCCAACUUCGUCAAUGUCACCUAGAACAACUAUGUCGACAACAACUACGUUAAAGUCACUUAGUAGGACUACGUCAACAAGAUCGCCAACAAGUACGUCAACGUCAGGUAGGACAACUACGUUGACAGCAUCUCCACCAACCACGUCCGCAUUAACUCCGACCACUACAUCCACAAUAUCUACCCCGACUAAAUCAACGUCACGCAACACAACUUCACUGACAACAUCUUCAACAACCACAUCAACGUCACCUACGACAACUACAUCCACAACAUCCAGCCCAACUUCGUCAAUGUCACCUACGACAACUACAUCCACAACAUCCAGCCCAACUUCGUCAAUGUCACCUAGGACAACUGCGUCAACAAGAUCGCUGACAACUACGUCAAGAUCAUCUUUAACAACACGGUCAACAGCUAAAGGACAAACACAAUGGUCAAAUACAACAACACGGCGGUCACCAAUGACCGUUAAACCUUGUUUGGCAUGCCAUUGCGAAAGUGGGCCUAGUAUGGGUUGGAGAACAGCCUCCAUGUGCUCAUCGUGCAAAAUCUCUGUCUGCACAGGCUCGACAACAGAAACAUCAGCACCACUCACAGGGCAAACCGCCUCCAUCCUGGUGGCGUUGAUACUGUCCAUCAUCGGUAACCUCAUGCAGGGGCUCAACUCUUUCCUGCAGAAGCGGAGACUCAAGAAGCAGAAGGAGAUGAGCGUCGAACACAUCUCCCUGAAUGCAGACGCAACGGCGGCAGAAGAAAGCCCAGAGAAAAGCUUAGGUUACUCGAACGACACUGUGCUUUGAAGACCAAACUCAUGACCUCGCUUCAUCAAACUCUUCACAGGCAACUCUUUUCCUGGAUGAACUGUUUGUCGCAGAAUGAAGACAUGAGCCUCUAGAUCAUUUUGUCCACCAAACACAAACAAAAAAAGUCCAAGACAUGAGAGGAGACGUUGCAGGCAGCUGCGUUGGUCACAGAGUCUGCUGGCUGAACUCCAGCAACACAGGUCACAUCACUCCAUUUGACUGAACACAGGCUGAGGCAUUUAUGUGUUUGUGUUCCUCCCAUGACGCUCAGUGAUGUGAACGCUCUUCUUAUUAGAAGAACCAAUAACUGAAUGUAAUGUUUGAGUAGGAACCUCCGGUGCACUGAACUGUAUUGCAUUGACCGUACAGUACCUGGUGAAAGUAUUCAGACCUGUUGGACCAUUUUCCCUGUGUUGUUGUUGUGCGACUGCCACAAACCGUAAACUAUUUUAGUGGGAUGUUGUCUUUUUACACCAGCACAGGGAGGAAUUCACUUGUUUUACACGGAAAGCCCUUAAAACUGCUCAGUACUGAAGUUCUGCCAAAAAUUCUUUUACAACCUCCUUAAAGUUGUCAGGACUGAUUACAUGUAAUGAACUCCAGCCACGUUUUUAAACAAAUAUCACCAGAAACGUGUUCCUCACCAUAAAAUGGUAUUUUUCCCCAUGUGCCAAGGAUUUUAAAGCUGAAUUUGGAUCUCAUUAGACUAGAGCACCAUCUUCCACAGGUUUACUAGCUUGUCAACCCGCGACGUUAUUCCCUACGGAGUAGCUUGGUGAAAAGCAGCAUGUUGUUGUUCUACGGUUUAAACAGUUGGAUCGGAUUUUAUUCAGUAUGGACGUGACAUUUGUAAUGCACCUGCUGGAUCGUGAAGGAAGAGAUUAUUUGCUCUAUAAAUAACUCCCCCUCCCCACUGCCAAAAGAGAAGUCAAAGCCAAACGACAUCAGCAAUAAGAUGUCUUAAAGUUUCCUCUUGCUUCAACUUUAAUUGCUCAAUAUUUGGAAUAGUGGCCAACACAGACUCAACCAUUUUGUUGACUUCCUCCACUCCCAUAUGUAGAAUACAAUUCAAAAACGGCACAAAACCGCGACAUCAUUGUUCGCAACUCAACUUCUGUUCACCGAUUGGAUGAACCGCCUCCUGGGAAAUCAAACUCAAGGGGAGAAAUCCCAGACAUACCAUUGAAGGGAGAUGAGAAGAUGCAGCGCUAGCUACUCUUGCGCUAGCUAUACGCUGGCGCUAGCUACUGCUGGCCAACUACUGGCUAACUAGCUAUCAUGGCUACUACUUCGCUAGCUUUAGCGCUAGCGUUCUACAUAAAAAAAGCCCAACUGUCCUCAUUGAUGUUUGAUGUACAUGUAAACCUGACAUGUCAAACAUUUCAAAGGGUAAGAAUACUUUUGCUAGGUACCAUCAAAAUUCUAAAGGGGAAAUUUUGAAUAUCUAAGUUUCACUUGAAACUCUGCGCACCGAGGAGAAGUUUGUGGUGUUGUGAGAUUCCACAGCAUCAUUGUGCUUCCAGGAAGUGUGAAAUCUGACCUCUGACGUGCUGUCCAUCAUCAGAAUGGGAUUUCAUCUGAUGGUCUAAAUGUAAGCCAUGCUUACAGCUCCCACAUAUGAAGGUAGGGACUUGAACCUGACGCACUGUCUUGUGUUUUCGACUCCUACCUUUAAGUUCAGAAAGAAGUAGUUCUUGAAAUACUUCCCUGCUGUGUUGAUGACGACCUUCAGCCACAAAAGCAUUGAAGCUGCUUCCACCGCGUUAAAAUUGGCGGCAGCAAUUUGGAUAAAGAAAACUGUGACAAAGUGAGAGACGAGGUAGAAAAUAUUUGUGAGCCCACUGAGAAAGUGAAUCCGGCUAGCUGUUGAUGGGAACUAACUGCCUAGCUUCUAUCAGCUAAUCCUAGCCAAAACCUGGAUGCAACCUAUUAGUACUAAACCAAAGUGGUAACUUUUUAUUUCUUUUGGGCUUCAUUUAAACACUGUUUUAAAAUGUGAAUCACCCAGAUUGAUGAGAUUUGAACUGAAAUGUCUUAGUUUACCAAAAGAGCUCACAUUUAUGAAGCUGGGGGGUUUCUGUGUGUGUGGAAAAAAAAUCCCAAAUCUCCAUGUUAUAAGCUGGAUGUGUCGUUGCAUCCCUAGAAAGAGAAAAGGUGAUGCUUUUCUAGCCGACUUCUCAUGAGUGUGUUUACUACUGGUGUAGAGAGGCUGUCAAAUACAGCAACUGUAGAGCUUAAAAUGUUGUGAAAGAAGUUUGUAAAUGUGUACAGUGUUUAAGUUUAUGCAAUUUAAAAAAAGAGAUUUUUAUUUUUAAAGUCAAUAUAUUAAGUUUUGAAUCUAUACCUUUCAAAAUUAUCCAUUUGGAAAGCUCUAUUGUCGUUGCCAUUGUUGUUGUUUUGUUUUUUUAACAUUGAAAAUGUUGCUAACCAAAGAGGAAAUACAUAUGUUGUGAAAAGUACGUCAACUCAAAGUUUCCUUGCUACCCUUCUGCUUGCGUUGUCACGAGGGAUACAGAGUGUGGAAAUGCUAAUAUGGUUGGUUGUGAUUUGGCAAACGUGUAAAAAAACGAUUUUUCAACAAAAACAAAACAAAAAAAAGAAAGCUUAUGUGUAUAUAUUUUGUGACCUUAUUUAUUUCUUUCCGUCUUUGAAAGUGCAGCUGCAGUUUGAGUCAUUCAACAGAAUUCUGCUGAAUUAUCCUUCGGUUGGACAACCGGUGGGAGUUUGCUAAUCAGGUUUUGGUCAGUUUUCAGACAGCUUAUUGAAAGCUACAACCACAUGUUUUUGUUUUGUUUCUUUUUUACUUUUUUUUUUUUUUUUUUUCUUUACGGGGACUCGUUGUGAUAGACCAGGGGUCACCAACGCGGUGCCCGCAGGUGACCUUGUCAGUCGCCCGCGGAGCAAGUUCUAAAAAUAGCCACUAUCAUUAGGGAGCACUGUCAAAGAAAUUAUUUAAUUUAAUGUUUUUACAUUGAAUUAAUAACAUUUGUUUAUAUUUAGAUUUUUAAAAAAAAAGUUGAUUAUAAAAAACGUUUAAAAUAAAUUGCUUGAUGCAUAAAACUCUUUUCUAUAGUUAAAGUUCAGAACUGCGCAGACACCUGCAAGAUUUUAUCGGAGGGCAGCAGCGCCUGCAGCUGUACGGCUGGACCCAGUCUGCCUACCUUAAGAUUUUCCUUGAAGUAAAAAAAGAAAAGAAUAAUUUCUGAUAUUUUUAUUAUCGAACCCUCUUUACAAUUAACAAAAUUGUGGAGAAAAAAAAAGAUCCUCUGUGUCAAAACAUCUUGUAUGUAGCGCAUAUCUGACUGUGUGCUAAAAUUUUAUUGGUCAGUUUGCUUUUGUUUAUUUGGCAGCUUGGCCCUUUUUCUGUUAGCAUAAAAUGAAUGAGCAGUUUGAACCUCCCGUAGAUCUAAGAGCGGUUUGGAUCCCAGCAGAUCUUUUUACCGUGUCGGUUCUGGCGGGUCGCCUGUUUAUGAACUGCUUUUUCCCGAACUGGAGAGCUGAUGGGUCACCUGUUAACUGACAUCUGCUGCUCUUCCUGAGCGUCGCGCUAAGACUCUGGGUUAAACUAUUUAAUCUAGUCGAAACGUUCCACAAUUAAUCAAACAUUGUUGCUUCACUUUCUCCUCCUUUGGACUCUGACACCACCUGAACCUGGAAUCAACAUCCUCCUCUUUCCGUGGAUCUACCAGUAGGCUUCACUUCCAUGUCUUUAUUAUUUAGCAUCGUUUGUGUUAAAAAAACAAAGAAAAAAAAAGGGUGCGCUGUUUAGUGGUUUAGGUUUGUGCAACGCUCACGUGAUGGAGAGGUGUUCUAUUGCAGGUCAGGUGCAGUGAUAGCUUUGUACCUUCCGAUCUGUCAGAAAUUUUUUUUCUACAUCUGCUGGUGUCAGCCAACAGGUGACCCGUCAGCUUCUAAGUUCGUGAAACUACAAAAAAAAAAAAAAACAACUAAUAAACCGGCGACCUGCCAGAACUGUAAAAAGCUCAGGCGGGAUCUUAGAACUACGGGAGAUUCAAACUCCAUUCAUCAUUUUUAGUUUACAGAAAAAUUAAACUGACCAAUAAGAUUUAGGCUUUGGCUGCCCUUUGACCCCCAGAGUCUCACACUGAUGUGCGCUGCAUGUUUUGGCAAAAAUCUUUUUCUUCUCUCCACAAUUUUGUUGAUACUAAAGAGGGUUGGAUAAUAAAAAAAUAAUAAAAAUACAAUAACUUUUCUUUCCUUUUUUUUAUUUAAGGGAAAAUCUCUCAGUGCCUACAGCUGUUCAGCUGCAACAAUCCAGACUCUCAGUCACUUGUGGGCAAUUUAGAAUCACACAGAAAAGCUCCAAAAGGGAAUCAAACUUAAAACUCUGAACUAAGAACUUCUGAUCACAUAAUAGCAAUUAACCAUAUCUGCCAUGGUAAAUUAUUACUGAUAACUAUUGUCAGUAGUCCCUAACAUUAAUAUGAUCAAGCAGCAUGUAAUCAUAUAUACAUAUAUGUAUUAUUGUUAUAAAGGCUGAGCCAAGAAUAUUGAUGUCUGUAUCAAACCAGUAGCCCUUCGUGUUGCUCUGGACCCGUGAAGCAGCUCCCAGUCUCUAAAAGGUUUGGUGACCCCUGUGAUAGACCAACCUAAAGGAAUUUAUACCUGUAAAGUGAAAAAAAACAACAACAUAGAAACAGGUUUUUUGCUGGUUUUUUUUACAGAUUAAAAAUGCAAACAUUAAACAUUUGAAUCAAUGUUUUCAUUCCACCAGCCUUCAAUAGAGUCUCAACUUCACGUCUCUUCAGGUCAGUCUGCACCAGCUACGUAAAGCUGGGAUUAUAUUAUCCAAAAUGCCUUUUGAAGGAAGUGUGGUGCGUAUUAUAUGCACACCACACUUUUCAGGUUCUUAUUUUUUAAAUAUAAAAAAAUAAUAAUAAUAAGAUAAAAUGCUUGUGCAACUUGUGUCAGUCUAUGGAAUAAAAUCCCAAGACAAAAUACACGGAGGUUUAUGGAUGCUACACAGAGGCAGCUUGUUUGUGCAGCUCUUCUUUGUACUGGAGAUUUAAACUGUUGUUAUUGCUGAACGUGAAUCUCUGAAAUGCUGACUCUCGGCUCAAAGAGGAACGCUUUGCUCGGUUUACGCCUCAAGCUGGUUUGCAGAAAAAAAGGUGAAGCCACUUGUGUGACGGCUCGGCUGUGACAGAAAGAACUGAACCGUCUGUCAGCUGGGUCAACUGUACAGAUGUGCAUCGAUGCAACUUUAAUCCUUCAGAUUAUAAUUUCAGUGCUUCGUUUUAAAGAUGCUUUGUUGUUUCAAAAUGGUUCUAUUAGAAAGCGGAGCGGCGAAGCUUCCAGCGCAACAGUAUUUGUGUGAUCAAGCCUCGGUUUGUUUUUAUUAUUAUUAUUUUUUUAUGACCUUUUGUGGAAGCAUGGAUUGGUUUUACAAGCAUAAAGGAUCUAUAAAAUACAGGUACUCAACAAACAAA